AUGAACAGAGCAUCCACGAAUCUGACGUCUGGUGGCAACUGGUUUCAACCGGGAACCAGUGGCGCUUCCUCUGCAACUGUCCAAGCGGGACUCGCGGCACAGAACCCCGUUUGGGCGCCACCGCGCACUACUCCAUGGUCCACUGGUGGAGCGACUCCGGUUACUCCCGUUGGGUCAACUGCACUGAAUGCUGGCUCGUUCCCUGGAAAUGUCGGACAGUCUUCCUGGGAUACACAGACGAACAAGUACGCGGAUGGCGCUGCCGGAUUCCCGACAUCGCUCUUUAGCUCCGCCAAUGGAAGUGGAACUUUGGGAGCUACUCCAAACGCGACUUCUGGGACAGCGUCCGGCGCCUGGCCGUCAACUGCGGCGUCAUCGGCAUCGACGUCGACCCUGAAGCCAGCGACCGAGCUCGGCAACACGUCAACGUUCAUGUCUUGGCCGAACAGUGCCACGACCGGGACGCAGUUCAUCUCCACGGGUCAGGGGAUGAAUCUUAACCAGAAUCCAUUGAACGCUGGUACCGGAGGUGCGUUCCAGUCUGCAUUCCGUACCACUGGCGGCGCUUCUGGUGCUACGACCGCGGCACCAGCACCUACGGAGCAGCGCGUUCCCGACUGGGUGAAUUUUGAGGAUCUGUCGCCGUUUAUGCGUCAGCAGCUGCAACAGAUGGAACAGCUUUGUCUGGAAAUGCAACGUUUUGCAGAUCAUGGUGUUUCCGAGGAAAACCCACGUGCCACUACUGCGCUGCGCAAGCAACUGGCCGAUGUAAACGGACAGGCAAUGUCGCUACGAACUGCUCUGGCGCUUUCUAGUACACUAGUCGCUGAACUCAAAAGAGCGAAAGAUGGAGCGAUCCAUUUUAUGCAAUAUGUAUGCGACCUGCACGAAGCUUUGCAUGCAGCCCUAUUCGAUAACGGAACCAGAGAAAGUGGCGUCUAUGGGAGCCAGCAGCUCGCUCCAGGGAGCGCAGCGCUUCCGUCGUCAUCUUCUUGGUCGUCGUCGAUGCCGUUGACUACGGCACGAGCCUGGUAUGUUGAAAGGGACACAGCAGUGGCUCCGAGUCGAACGAUCCACCUUCCGUCAAGUUUUAUGGAAGCAGUUACGACGGCCUUGGAGCAGCGCGCAGCGCUCUGUGAAGAGAAGCUCACUCAAGUCACACAGCUGCUGGCAGCGAUGGUGGGUUCGUCUUCGCAACCCGGGAUACUGCACGCCUUGGGGAUCGAUGUCUCGGACGCUGCAGCUGCAAACUCGCAGCCAGAGUCUGGUUCUGGAUCGGGGAGCCUGACCACCACCACCACCACCACCAACACCAACACCAUUCAACGAUUGCAUAACACGCUCCGCAAUGAGCACCUUUUGCUCAUGCAACUAGCGGGCGCGGUGGCCAUGCUCCACGAGCGCGUUCAAGCGCUCCGGGAAUGGUUCACGCUGGUCUACCAGCAGCGUCGUCCCCGGGCACCGGAUCCGCUACAGAACCCGUCGACGACGAUGACGACGACGCAAGCGUCGGGGUUGGGGCAAUGGCCCUUCGCCCCGAUCCAGCGAUGA